AUGGAUAAGAGGUCUCCCACUAUGUACACGUUGGUGAAAGGAACAGGUUCCCUACAGCGUAAUUGGUAUCUUUACCAUCGCCUAGGUAUCUGGUCCAACAUUCUCGUUUCUGCGCAAUACACCUGUGCCAAUGGGCAAAGUCUCAGCCGAGGUACCAUUAUUGAAGCACUGCGCCUUGUUGUACAAGCCCAUCCUGCCCUUUGGCACGUCUUUGUCCAGAGACCAUCUCCCAAUCGAGGUAAUCACGAGCUGCACACUGGCAGGCUGCACACUAUUGACUUGGAGAAAUGUAUCGAAAUCUUGGAUUAUGAACAAGACAAUCCUGAAGUCACUUCUGAUGAUUUUGAAAGAGCCCAUAACGAGUGGUCGUGGACUGCUGAUGAACCCGAUCGCCCAUGGUGGAAGCUUCUCGUUAAAGGGAAUAACAUUGUCUUUGUGUAUCACCAUUCUUUAGGCGACGGUAUGUCCGGCAUGGUCUUUCAUCGAGAGUUUCUUGCCGCACUCAAUUCCCUCAAUGGCACAAAGGAGAUGGAAAUCGCACGCUCGGAUACUCUCAUUUAUGCCCACGAGAACGUUCAAUCACCCAUCGAGCCGGAAGACGCCUGGGAAGGCAAAGACAGCAUUUGGGAGAUAAUCUGGAUGCAGCUAGUAUGGUUGUUUUUCAAACUGUUUUACGGCAGCAAUCGUAUCUAUGGCGACCUUCCCCCAUCAAAGUCUUACCUCAAGUCUGCAACCGCAGUGGCAAAACCAGAAGAGAGAACCGUCACACGCAUUUCGGCGUAUCGGAUCCCAGCACAAAACAUGUCAUUAAUCCUCGACGCAUGUCGCAAGCAUCAAACCACCUUCACUCCUCUCCUUAUUACAAUGCUUACCAUCGUCCUUGCCACCGACUUUUACCCAAACGCGAAGAUAGGGGCAACCCGCUUCAACUUUGACUUGAGGCCGAGGAUGAACAUGUCUCGUGUUGGUGGAGGCACAGUGAACGGCACUUUUGUGAAUGCAGCGGGGAGUUGGCAGCGCUGGCACAAGCUCGGACCGUUUCGGCAAGUCCUGGUUACAAAAGGAGAUGGAAAGGACACCUCGCUCGACUCCCGAUCUGUGUGGAAGCUUGUCAAGGACUAUAAGGAAGAGAUGACACACGCUAUUUCUGGUAAAGCUAUAAGACACUGGAUCGGGGUGAAGCGACUGGGAACUGACCUGGAGACACUGGUUAGCCAGGGCUUCCCAUCUAUCUCCUUCCUUCUCAAGCCCACUGUUAGUGUUUCUAAUAUUGGUUCCUUCGAUAAUGCUCAAGUAGGGGACGAUGAGGAGGACAUAGGGCCUUGGCGGAUUGAUGAUAUGCAAUUCUCAGCUGGAGCGGUAAAUGGAAACCAGGGUACACAUGGUGCUAUUUUCCAUGUUUGCGGCGUGAAAGGGGGGGAUACGGUUAUUACUGCCACUUAUGAGGAUGGAAUUGUUCCGCGGGAGAUGGCUGAUAAGAUUCUGGAGCGUACUGUUACUAGAAUCUUUGAGAUAGUUUGA